UCCAGAUAGUCCAGAACAAUAUCCGUUGCGCGUGCUAUGAAUUCAAAGUCCAUCCAUGGAUUUUAGCCUCCGGGUUUUCCGUCGCACCGCCCGAGCAGCAUGGGAGGGAAACGUCUAUGGGCGGUCACACAUGCCCUGCUUCUAAACCUUAUUUGUUUCCCUCAUACUUUAAGCGCCAUCUUGUUGUAACUCUUCUACGUAUGUGGAAGAGUUUUUUUUUUUUAUGAAGGAUAUCCGACCAUCCUCUUCAGCCCAACAGACUGGACCCUUUCUGUUGGAUCCCACGUAUCUAAUCGUCGUUUAACGAUUUUUCGGGAAAAUCGCAGUACCUCGAUCACAAAAGAAAUGAGCAUCGAAACGCUUUUGGAAGCAGCCAAGUUUUUGGAAUUGCAAGCACAGCAACAACAGAAAGCACGUGAGGAGAAUGAGUUGAAGGAGAAGCUACGCCUGGAGCAGUUGGCGGAGCACCGGCACUCCAGCCUCGUCUACACCUCCCCCGUCCACCACCACCACCAACACCACCACCACGACCAACACGUCCACCAUGUGGCCAAAGCAGAGGAGCGCCGCGUGGCCCACCGGCUGCCCCCCCAGCCCCUGCCCAUCACGGUCAUCCCCGUGGUCACCGCCUCCCACACGUGUCCACCCUUUCCUCCGCCCCCGCUCCCCGCCAGCCUCUCCGAACCCGCCGCGCCGCACUUCCCCUCGCCCCCCAGGAGGGACCCCUACUCCCCCCCACAGGAGGGCGCCGGAGCCCCGCCCCCCGUCUCGCCGCAGUCCCGCCCCGACCCCUCCCCGUCAUCGCUGGCGUCCGCGGCGACCGCCAGCUACCAGCCCCCGCCCUCGAACCAGAACCACCACCAUCAUCACCCUCUCCCGCCGCUGACGGUCCAGCACGCCGCCGCCCAGCCGCCGCCGCUGCAGCGGUACCCGGGCUCCAUCGUCACGGUGCCGCAGCAGCAGCCGCAGCAGCCCUUACUGCCCCAGCCGGGGCCUCCGCAGGCCCCACUGCCCACCAGUCCCAACAGCCGGGGGAGCCCUCCUGACGACGGCCGACACCUGGACAACAAGAAGCGUCCUGGAGGGGCAGGCACAAGAGACGUGCAUAACAAGCUUGAGAAAAACAGACGAGCACAUUUGAAGGAGUGCUUUGAGAUGUUGAAAAAGAACAUCCCAAACGUGGACGAGAAGAAGACGUCCAACCUGAGUGUGCUGCGCAGUGCCUUGAGAUACAUCCAGACGUUGAAGCGCAAGGAGAAGGAGUUUGAGCACGAGAUGGAGCGUCUGGCGCGGGAGAAGAUCGCCACGCAGCAGCGGCUGGACGAGCUGAAGAACGAGCUGGGCCAGUGGAUGGACGUGAUGGAGGUGGACCGGGUGCUGCGGCAGACGGUCCAGCCCGAGGAGGACCAGGCCUCCACAUCCACGGCCUCAGAGGGGGAAGACAUCGACGACCCGGACCAGGACGGAGAGACGGCUCGCCGGAUGCCCACCGCCUUACCCGCCGUGCCUCGCGCCGUGCCACCGGAGCAGCGCAAGACCCCCGCUCUGACCCCCGUACCGCCGCCGCCCCCCAUCGCCGCCACCGUCGCUACCCACCCGCUCCUCCCCCAACACAUCUCCAUUCAGCACAAGCCCCCGGUGCACCAGACUCUGGCCCUGCCCAAGCCCACGGUGCUCGCGGCGUCCGGGAUCCCCGGCACCGCCGCCAUCCAGGCCUUACUCCCCGCCCAGACCCAGGUGGUCACCUCCCAGCCCUGCCUGCAGCCCACCGUCAUCGCCCACGCGCCCGCCUCCCACGCCUCGGUCAUCCAGGCGGUGAACCACGUCAUCCAGGCGUCGGGCCACAAGCACAUGGCUCACCUGGCCCCGUCCGGCCCCUCGGGCGCCGUCCAGCUGGCCACUGGACACCGUCACCACCACCAGCAGCAGCAGCAGCAGCACCACCACCACCACCACCACCACCAGCAGAUCAGCCACAUCACCGUGACCCCCGUGGCCCACCUGGGUCCCCACCUGCCCACCAUCUACUCCCAGUCGGUGGCCGUCACCCAGCUGAACGGCGGCAUGCCCGGCCAGACGGCGGGCGGUGCCGCCGCCGCCGCCGUCGUCAGCAAGCAGACGGGCGCCCAGAUGGUGGCCCACCACCCGCAGCUGGUCGGCCAGGCCAUGCUCAACCCUGUCACCAUGGUGACCAUGCCCUCCUUCCCGGUCCGACUCUAAAGGUAGCCCCCCCGGGGAGGCCCCGAGGCCUACGAGGAGCAGGGCUGCCUCGCCGGAGACCCCUACGCGCAGGGGGGGGUGGGUGGGGCGCUGUGGACCCCCUGGCGUGUGGGAGGAGCCACGGGCCUCUGAGCUCAGCGACCAACAGGUCCGUGGCUGAGGAACGCAGGGUCAGGCGGCUAGCCGGCCGGACACCGUUUGUGUAGCAGCGCGGCGCAGCACGACAACCAUUUCAGAUAACGUGGAACAUUCCAAAAAGACUAUUCAGCUAAAGUUUAUUCACAAUGGCAUCGUAGGAGGUGAAUGCAAAUCCUAUUUCGUUUCUUGCUCUAUCUUUUGGAUGGAUCCGGGCCCGGCCGUGAGUGUGUAUGCGUGUGUAUGCGCGUGUGUGUGUUGUCCAAGGUGAUCGUGUCGAUGGUGUUUGUCACAUUUAACAAAUCAGUUGGUCUGAGGUGCACUUCCUCCCCAUUAAUAGUACUCACGAAGCGGUUUGAAUGGGGGGGGGGGGGAGUCGUAUCUUUGAUGUGUUUGUUUGUUUUUACAACUGCCCCUGAAUACAACGAUAGCUGACCCACAAUUUUUCCCUCUCCCAAAAGAGAAACUACUGGUUCUCUUGAGGGCGCACUGAUGAGGCUGAACUGGGCCUUCAGAGUCGUGAGGGGGGUAGACUGUGUGCUCAGCCCACCAUAAUAAGCACACCAAGAAUGUGAUCACAAGGACUUCCUCCUCUCCAGCAGGAGCACAUGGCCGCGGGGCGAGAGGGAAAACGUGGCCCGGAUCACAGACCUCACUACAGGACACUGCAGAAGCCUGCAGAGUUGACAGAUUUUUUUUUUUAUACAGCACUAGCGCCCCCUGAAGUUAAAUUGCUGCACUAGCCUAAGCAUUAAGAGAGCUACGACAAUCCAUCGCAAAUGAGGCUAAAGCCUCUGUUUCAUUUUGAGGUUCAUCACGUUUACUUGGAGUGCAGAAUGACAAGAAUGUAACAAAGCGUAGUUCAACCGAGCGUCAAUCAAAAAUCUCCAGCCGGGACUUGCCAGUGGCUGAGCUAAUGCAUCGCCAUUUAAACGGCUUACGGUUGACCGUUUGCUAGUACAAAUAAUCCAGUCUCCAUCGUGGCUGGUAAUGAGGAUGACAAAACGAGCGGGUCUGGACGCUAUCUGACCUGGAUUAAGGCUCCAGCCAAAUCAGGGUUAAGAGGAUUUGAAGUUCAUUGUAGUGCUUCUACUGAUGUAAGAGCCUGCCUCCGUUCUCUGGUGCCGGUCUCCAAUUGGUUGGCCGUUUUUAGUUAUGAAUGGAGCGUCGAGGAGUCCUGGAAGGUGUAUGUGUUUUCGUCCAGCUGAAACACUUAUGGUCCUGGAUAAAACGACAAUCAUGUUAAUCCCUCAUAUAGCGCUUACGAUUGUUAUAAAAUUGUAACAAUAGUUUUUUGCUACUGCAAACCGCCUUUAUCAGAUCAAGUACAGCUUUCUUUAAUUAUUGAUGCUUCUUGUUAUACAUUAUGUAUACACACUUUUCUGAAAUUGUACUCAUACAGGAAUGGUCUUGCAUGGUUCAACUCUCACAAGCUUUAACUUGGAAAUGCCACCACUCAUUACAUAGCAAAAGCCAUUUGUUUAUAUAUAUAUAUAUAUAUAUAUAUAUAUAUAUAUAUAUAUAUAUAUAUAUAUAUAUAUAUAUAUAUAUAUAUAUAUAUAUAUAUAUAUUAGUUGUAUGGAGCGAAUGAGUAGGGGGUGGAGCGGUGUCGGGUCUGUUAAAUGUAGGGCGUGGUGGGUUGUGAAUGGAUGGUUAGUGUUGUAAUGAGUGUGUCUUGAUGUGUCGCGUGGCCUAUACGUGCCGGUACGGUGUGUUUUCCGUGUUACUUUUGCAUGUUUGCUACACUGGUGAUGUUUGUGGAAGUGAAGACCCAUGCAGCACGCCCCCACCCCAACCCCCACGUUGACUCUCUAAUAUGAUUGGUUCACGGUGACGUCUUUGUAAAGGGUUUUCCACGCCCUCCCCUGACGCAGGGGCAUCACAACCUCGACCUGGUUGGGCGCACAGGAUCAUCUGCUACUCAUAUGCCGAUAAGGAUGCGCAGGGGGCGGGAAAUAUACUCGUAUAUUACACGCUUCAACCUACCUAGCUUCAGGCCGAUUGGGGCUGCAGUCAUCCCGAUGCAAUGCCAUUCAUAAACGCAGGCAGGAAUUUCCCCGGGAAACGUAUCUCACCAAGAUGCUCAGCACUUUAAAAAGGACAUGCAGUUAAAUAGCAUUACAUCCAUCCGCGUAUGUAUCCGAGAUUAGACUUUCCAGUACUAGCACUGUGAUCUUAACUGGGCCUCACUGGGAGCAGACUGGGUUUACAGCUGCAGGUUCUUGCCACGCUACUGCAGGGACCCUCGCGACCCUCUGCUUAACUGAAUGUAUCACCUGACAGGAGAGCAAGCUGCUCACCUGUCACUCACUUGUUUUUGCCCUUUUUUCUUUUUUAAAAAAACGUUAUAUAUGGUUAACUAUGUAAAUCGUACGUACACAAAAAAUAUUUUGUAUUUUUAAGGUUUACUGUUGCCUGUUAUGUCCUGUACAAUGAUUUGAACUGAGUGUACAUUUAAUUCUAGUUUGAUUUCCCCUGGGACCAUGUACAGAAGUGUUUAUCUGGGGUGACCUCGUUCCGCAUCAAUAUCACAUACAGUCGCGGUUGAAAGUUUUCUCUGCUCUUCAACUUUAUGCAUCUGGCUGAAUGACAGCAGCUUCAUUUGAUUAAAAUAAAUCUGAGAUCAAGUUAUGUAAAAUCACUACCAUAAAAAGAAAUGCAAUAACAUUUGUCAUUAAAAAAUGAAAUGCAUUAAAGUUGAAGCAGGUUUGAAGACUUUCUGAAGCCACUAUAUUUAAAAUGUGUUUUCCCUAUGGAGAAAGUUGAAGUUGUAUAUUGCCUGUAAAUGUAGGGCAAAUUGAAAUAAAAUUGUCCAUAAUGUAACAAUUCAGUGAGGAAGGCACAUCAUGAAACUUGCUAAAGAUACCUAGUGAAUAAAAUGUAUUAUGUUUACAAAGACUCGUCUCUUUCUACAGAGCUGUUUUGAAUCUUAUGGCCUUUAGAAAAUGUGCAUUACAUGGUAAAACAUUUAUUGCACCUUAAACUUAUUUCUUACUUCAAUAAUUUAUGACAUCCUUGUAUUCAAGAUAUCCAUAGACCCUUUCCACGGGGGCGUGGCAGUAGGGCAAACUGGUGUGGCUCAAUACAUUAUGGUGUGUUCCACUUCCCGAACCCUCGGACGCCAGCCUUCCGAGUCGGAAGUCGGGAAAUCUCCCAGCUUUCUUGUUGCAUUUCUCGGAGGCAAGUCUCUAUUGGCCAGUCUCGAUCGGAGUGACAGCUUGGCAACAUCCGAAAAGCCGCUGCCCCCCGACCGCCUCCAGAAGCAGAUUGUCGGCCUGACGGACAGGGUGUUCGUUUGUGCCUCUCAAUCCGCGGCGGCUGUCAACAACAUCGCCCUGCUCUCCUCUGCCAUGGUCUCCUUGUCGGCUGACAGGGAGGCCUACGGGAUUUUCAGGGCGCGCAAGCGCGCGCACGGGACAAGCCCAUAAGGCGAAGCCUAGACGGCGUAGCCUACAUGAAAUAGAACUCCCUCUCUCGUUACUAACUGUGGAUGUUGCCAAGCUGUCACUCCGAUCGAGACUGGCCAAUAGAGACGUGUCUUACAUCUUUCGGCGUAGGUCCCGCCCACGAGAUUCAGCUCAACAGCAAGUAAAGCUUUAGGAUUCGCAAGCAAAACUUAAGGAUUCCCAUUAAUAUUUUUUUUAUCACAUUAAUUUAUCUUGCAAUAAAACAUUUUUUGAUUGCAGUGUCGAUAGUUUUGCUCUCAAAUCUAUUUUUUGAUUGCAGUGUGGAAAGUUUUGCUCUCAAACCUAUUUUUUGAUUGCAGUGUGGAAAGUUUUGCUCUCAAACCUAUUUUUUGAUUGCAGUGUGGAAAGUUUUGCUCUCAAACCUAUUAUUUUUGAUUGCAUAAUAAAGACAAAUCUACCUCCAUAAGGACGCAGCCGUUCCGCGGCGCGUACGCGUCCGGUGGAAUCCCGGUGUAAGCGUGAGCGUCAUCAAUGGCGA